AAUAUAUUAAUUGCCAUAAUGGUGUUUAAUAUACUCCAUUGGAACAUAAAUGGCUACUACAACAACUUUAAUGAACUCCAAUUAUUAAUUAACGAAUACUCACCAUCAGUCCUUUCGAUACAAGAAACACACUUGCCCGUAAAUAAGCACGGCACAACACCCAAAAACUACAUUAGCUACUUUCACAAUUUAAAUCAUAACCAUACAGGCAAACAGGGCAUUGCAGUUAUGGUAAAAAAGGAUACUUCGCAAAAACAAAUACAAAUUCAAUCUCCUUUAUCAACAAUAGCCAUCGAAUUAGAUGUAGGGUUCCGUUUCACUAUAAUCUCCAUUUAUAUACCGCCACAUCAAAACUUCAGUCUGAAAGAGUUGCAAGAUAUUAUACGCAGUUUUAACACGCCUAUAAUCAUUACAGGCGACUUAAAUGCCUGGAGCCCAUUCUGGGGUUCAAACUCCACGAAUCAAAGAGGUAAAAUUCUAGAAGACUUGAUUAUGUUCGAAGACCUGAUAGUACUAAACGACAACGCACCCACUCAUUUUUCAACGUUCAAAACUUUUACCAAUGUAGAUGUAGUUCUAUGUUCCGCCAAUCUGGCUCCAAGGCUUAACAGCUCAACAUUGGGCCGCCUACAUGGAAGUGACCACUUCCCUAUCCUGACCAAUCUCAGUACACCAAACACUAAUUGUGGCAAACCGAAACCAAAAUUUUUAAUAAACAAAGCCGACUGGAAAAAAUUUCAAACAUUAACAGACAGCCUAAUUUCAAAAACUCCACAAACCCGUAACAUUAACAAAGAAGCCAAAAAUAUUGAGCGAACAAUACGAACAGCCGCUCACUUUUCCAUUCCCCAGACGCAACAUAAAACACAAAAACAUAUUGUGCCGUACUGGUCCCCACACCUGUCCUUAUUGAGAGAAAUCAAAUUUAAGUCAUGGGAAUCUUUCAAGAAAGAUAGAACGGACUCUAACUUGCUUAUCUAUAAAAAGGCAAAUGCACACUUCAAAAGAUCUCUUAAGGAAGCCAAAAGAAAGUCCCUAGCGAAAUUCACCACCUCAAUAAAUCCCAAAACAGACCCUAAACAAGUUUGGGCCAAUAUAAAAAGACUGACAGGGACUUACAAUCCGCAAUCAAUUAAAUUUAUCAACAGCAAUGAUGGUCCCAUCUACCCCGCAAAAGAUAUUGCAGAUGUUUUCUGCGCUUCGUGGUCUGAAUACUCUAAAGAUUCGAAUUUCCACAGUGAAUUUAUCCAGGAAAAAUAUACUACUUUGGCGAAAGUCUAUAAAAACACCAACCUCUCUGCAAGCGCGGAAGGAUUGGAGAACCCUAUUUCCACAUUCGAAUUUGAAAUGACAAUCGGUUCUAUGAAAGGUAAGACUCCUGGAAGGGACCGAAUUUCUUACCCAUUAAUAAAAAAUCUUUCUGGACAAACAAAAAACAGAGUCGUACACCUUUUUAACGAAAUUUUAAACCAAGGAAACUACCCACAAAGUUGGAAGCAUGCUAUCGUUGUCCCCAUACCUAAGCCACACCAGCGCCAUACAACCGUUUCAGGCUUCAGGCCCAUCUCUCUACUGUCCUGCCUGAGUAAAACCUUAGAGAAAAUAGUAGCAAAGCGCUUAAUGUGGUACGCGAUGACAAACGGUUUAAUAUGCACCAAUCAGUUUGCCUUUAAGGAAGGACAAAAUACUUUGGAUGCUCUACUUCUAUUUGAAAACUUUACAAGAAGAGGUCUAGCUACUAAAAACCAUAUUUCAGUGCUUAUUCUCGAUUUCGAGAAAGCAUAUGAUCGAAUUGGAAUUCAUGUUGUUUUAAAAAAGUUAUCAGACUGGAAAAUAGGCACUAGGAUCUACAAUUUUGUAAAGUCGUUCUUAAGCAAUCGCACUUUUUGCGUCAAAAUCAACAACAAAUAUGCAAAAACCAGAAAGCUAUUCAACGGCAUCCCACAAGGAUCGCCUCUGUCCGUAAUAUUAUUUAUCAUUGCGUUUGAUGAUAUUAAUAAAAUAUUCUUAAGCCAAAAAUCUAUUUCUCACAUUACUUACGCGGAUGAUGUAUUGUUAUUCACGAAAUGCAAAGAUUUGACGACUGCUCACAUUAGUUUUGUAAAAAUGUUAAGUGAUAUUUCGAAAUGGUCCAAUAUCUCUGGAGCUAACAUAUCCAUCACAAAAUGUAAAACUAUGCAUAUUUGCAAUAAACAAAGAUGCACGUCACCAAAUCUUACAUUUAAUUCUCAGACAAUUGAUAGUUGUAACAGCUUACGUGUAUUAGGUAUAAUAUUCGAUAAGAAACUUCAUUUUAGAGAGCAUUGUACAUACGUUAAGAAAGAGUUAAUUACACGUUUAAAUGUAAUAAAAUAUCUUUCCACUAAAUACUGUAUGGUCCACACCGUUACAUUGGUAAAUAUCGUGAGGGCUUUGAUUUUGUCAAAAAUAGACUACGGGUUGGUUAUUUAUGGACACUGUGCGAAACGCAAUUUGAAACUUAUAACCCCAGCCUACCACACUGCCGCAAGAAGGAGCCUACGCGCAUUCCCAACGUCGCCAACUAAAUGCAUUUUGAUGGAAGCAGGACUACCGUCCAUUGAUGAAAGAGUCCAUUUCAACACAAGCAGGAUUAUCACAAAAAUUCUAUCUAGCUGCAACACCCUUCUGCAAGAUGCGGUCAAAAACGCUGUGACAAGGAAAAGGGAAAGUAGAAACCAAAAAUCUGCGGUGGAAAGAGUUGUAGAGGCUGCAAGGACACUGGAAAUUCCCAUCUCUCUAACUAAAACCAAAUUCCAUCGACCUCCACCCUGGCAAUGUUUCGAACCGAUCAUGGUACUCAAUAUGGCUAAAUACUCAAAAGUAAAUACAGCACCUACAGCUUUUCGGAAAAUCUUCCUCGAACUCACCACCCCUUUUAGAGAGAUGCAAUGGAAACUCUUAUAUACUGACGGGUCAAAGAAUCCCUCGGCAACUGCCUAUGCUGUUGUCGACGAAUACCAGAACACAAUUGCCGCGGGUCUCCUACACCCAUUCUGUUCGGCAUAUACAGCUGAGGUAGUAGCGAUUUACGAGGCUGUUAAAUUUGCAAUCCAAUCGAGAGAUAAACAUGUCAUUGUAACCGAUAGUCUGUCAACGAUGAAAUCUCUUUCAAAUGACAAAAAUAAUAAUCAUUUAAUGAUUGCCAUUAAAAAUAUGCUCAUGGAAAAUAAAAACAGAAUAAAGAUUAUGUGGAGCCCUAGUCACGUCGGAAUUGACGGCAAUGAGACUGCAGAUCGUAGAGCGAAACUUGCAUCAGAACAACCCCUAGUGACAUCAAAAUGGAUGUUAAAACAAGACAUUUAUAGGCACAUAAGCUCAGUAAUGUUCUUAAAAAACAGAACGAGUGGAAAAACAUUCGUCAUCACUACUCNGAUAUGAAUAUAGGAAGCAAAAGCCCCAACCUUCCCCUCGAUGUUAGUUGUAGCGAAUUAAAGUCAUUCAUUCGCCUCAGAA